GUUGAUUUGGCGGAAAAGAAUUUCACAAAUCCGGAUCGGAUAAAAAAAAUUCUGGAAGGCAAACUGUUUCCAAUGAAAGCACUUGGUUAUUAUGCUGUUGUUACGGGUAAAGGCUCAAGCACCGAAAGUAUUGACUCAAUUGUACAGUAUGAGGAACAGUUCUUCGCGCAGGAUGGUGUAUUGAAACCAUCACAAGUGACAACAAGAAAUAUGUCGUUGGCAGUAUCGGAAUGUUUCUGGCGCAUGGCCGACGCAUUUCGUGCGACACGUUUCAAUCUGGAAACCGAAUGGAAAAAUAAUUUCCCACGCCUACGUGAACUUGAUCGUGAUGAGCUGUUUGAAAAAGCCAAAGGUGAAAUUCUGGACGAACUAGUCAAUCUUUCGCUUGUUCCAGCUGAACAAUGGGAAAAAGUAUUGAAGAAGAAGCUUUGGAAUGCGGUUGCAGCCCAUGUUUUCGACCAGAUACUAAUGCCAGCUUAUGCAGUUGAUAAUGCCGGUACCUUCAAUACCCUGGUGGAUAUCAAGCUGAAACAUUGGGCUGAUAAGGAUCUUGCCAGCAAAUCAAUUCAGACUGGCUGGGAUACAUUGUCGGAGCUGUUCAAGCAACAAGUGGAAACGGAUGCGAAACAGCGAAAAGCUGAAGGUGACGAAAUAUUCGACAGGUUAAAGUCGGCAGUUCUGGAAGCUGCUUUGAACGAGCAUCAUUGGGAUAGCAAAGCAAUGGAUUAUUUGGUGAGUUUCAUCUGUUGUUUUUAUAUCUGA